AUGGGUCUGGGUAAAAAGAAAUGGGAAGACAAGAGAAAAGAAAUCAAAAAGUGCGUGAAGGAUGUUUGCUCAAUUGAUGCUCCAGUCGUUUUUGUUGAAAACGAGCCCGAAGACUAUGACCUUGAAAUAAAUGAAAGAACUGGGUGCUCGCAACUUCCAAACGGAGACGUUCAACCGCAUAAUGUGAGUGAGGCAAUUUUAAAGCAACUGGAUAAAAAUGAAGACAAUUUGGGUCAUAUUGCUCUGAAAGAAGUAUACGCCGGAGGUGACAAGACUCAGGACGCAAAGCAAACAAUGCAGGUUGUUGCAACCGACAAAAAUACUCCACUGAGCUUUGAAGAGGGGUACAUAAAACAAUUGCUCGGAGAUGUCUGUGAUGACAGUGAAAUUGAAGCGAAGCUACAAGAGUGCGUUGAAACAGACCAAAUUGACAAGCGAGAUGUGGCCACAAUUGAUCAAUUUUGUCGCAAUUUGGUUGAAAAAUGGGGCAUCCGAACCUUCAAGGAGUUACAAAAGCUGACAAUGCAGUUUCUGAUUGAUUUGACUGGAUGCGAGCUUGAAGAUAGAGCAAGGGCUAAAUUUGCAGAGCUCUUUGAACUCGAUAACUCUUACAGCGUCCCCGCAGCAUGUCAGGAAUUGUGCAAAGGAUUCAACGUUCUCGUCAACGAUUUCACGGCCUCACCUGUGUUUGAGAACUUUCAAGACAACAAGCUGCUUCUCCAAUCACUCAAGAAGGAAAACUUUGCCAAAACUUUGUUCACGGGUGAAAUUUACAACAGUACUGACGAGUUUAUAAAAUCUUACGUAGUCGGCAUGAUGAAAAAUGACAACUUCCAAAUGGAAAAAUACGGAAAUAUAAUCGCCGCGAUUCGCCCCCACCCGCAAGAAGACAAACCUGGACAACAAUUCCUCCUCUGCAACUGGGAAACUCGGCUUAAACAGCUUGAUCUUCCUGAUCUCCAACAAUUGAAAUUAAGUGUUCCAUUCCGAACUGCAAUUGAGCAACUUCCUGAAAAGUGUGAUAUAGACGAUGUACCUUCGCUGCAAACAUUUGUAGAUUUUUGCGGAUUAUUUGGGACCCACUUUGUUAGAAAGGCGUACUGCGGCGGUCUUGUCCAAAUAGGGGGGUACAUGAAACAAAUUGACAAUGAUACGAGCAACCAGAUUCGCGAUGAUCUCUACAAACUAACCGAGCAUUGGAACUCAAAAAUCUCCGCCGCGGCAGAUACAAAAAGACUAGCCGUCUUUAACUUUGACAUUCAUAUAAGCGAAUCCGAAAGAAGAAACGAUGAACAGUCAUCCUCUGGCCAAAAAUCAAAGCUAAGCGCAAAAAAGUCUGAUGAAAUGCAUCAAUGGAGGUUCAAUUUGCCCAAAGACAUGGUAAUUCUGAAAAACAAUCUUGAAAUCAGCCCAAUAAACAAGUUGAUAAAACUAGCGGGAUUUGAAAAUCAGGCUCAAGCUAUGGAUGAUGCCUUGGCAGUGAUUCUAGGGGAUUCACAGAAAAU